UCCCUCGCAACACAGCUUCGCUUUUCUCCGCUCUCCUUCCAUUCUUUUCCUUUUUAUCCUCUCCUGGAAUAGAGGGGAUAAAGAGAGAUAUAGAUCUGAGAGCGAAGUAAGAGAAAAGGAAAGAGAGAGGCGAGGCUGCGGCAAUGACGAUGGUGACUCUGAGGUGGCUCCCGCUGCUGGCUUUCGGGCUCCUGGUGCUCCUCGCCGGCGGCCUCGGGUGGAUCGGCGGCGAGAAGGUCUCCGUCUCGAGGGGCGGAGAGGCGGCGAGGGCGAGGAGGAGUUUGAGGGCUGCGCCGACCAACGAAACUUCCUCCAUUACUGAGAGGGCCGGGCGGGACGUGGUCGUGGGCGCGGUCGACGAUCCGGAAUUGGUCGCAUCCGAAGUGCACAUGACCAUAAACAACCACACGGCGCGGCGGGCGCUGGGGUACCUGUCAUGCGGGACCGGGAACUCCAUCGAUGACUGCUGGCGGUGCGACCCGGAGUGGCACCGCAACCGCAAGCGGCUGGCCGACUGCGGCAUUGGGUUCGGACGCAACGCCAUCGGGGGCCGGGACGGGCGGUACUACGUGGUGACCGACCCCGGGGACGACGACCCCGUGAACCCCCGGCCGGGGACCCUCCGGUACGCGGUGAUCCAGGACCAGCCUCUCUGGAUCGUGUUCAAGCGCGACAUGGUCAUCACCCUCAAGGAGGAGCUCAUCAUGAACAGCUUCAAGACCAUCGACGGCCGCGGCGCCAACGUCCACAUCGCCAACGGCGCCUGCAUCACCAUCCAGUUCGUCACCAACAUCAUCAUCCAUGGCCUCCACAUCCACGACUGCAAGCCCACGGGGAACGCCAUGGUCCGCAGCUCCCCCUCCCACUACGGCUGGCGCACCAUGGCCGACGGCGACGGCGUCUCCAUCUUCGGCUCCAGCCACAUCUGGGUCGACCACUGCUCCCUCUCCAACUGCGCCGACGGCCUCAUCGACGCCAUCAUGGGCUCCACCGCCAUUACCAUCACCAACAACUACUUCACCCACCACAACGAGGUGAUGCUGUUGGGCCACAGCGAUUCCUACGUGAAGGACAAGGCGAUGCAGGUCACCAUCGCCUUCAACCAUUUCGGCGAAGGUCUCAUCCAGAGAAUGCCGAGGUGCCGGCACGGUUAUUUCCAUGUGGUGAACAAUGACUACACCCACUGGGAGAUGUACGCCAUCGGCGGCAGCGCGGAUCCGACCAUCAACAGCCAGGGGAACAGAUACCUUGCCCCUGCCGACCCCUCCGCCAAGGAGGUGACCAAGAGAGUUGACACGGAUACUAGCGAGUGGAAGAGCUGGAACUGGAGGUCGGAGGGGGAUCUCCUACUGAAUGGUGCCUACUUCACCCCCUCUGGAGCUGGAGCCUCUGCGAGCUAUUCAAGGGCCUCCAGCCUUGGUGCCAAGUCCUCUUCCAUGGUCGCGUCCAUCACUACCGACGCCGGGGUCCUUCAAUGCCGCAGGAAUUCCCAGUGCUAGUUGCUCUUGAAGCCUCCCUCUUCGCCAAGAAAAAAAAAGAAGGAAAGUCCGGAUAUUUGAAAGUGUACGCAUUUUUUAUGUCUACAAAGCCAAUUACACCAGCCUCCAUUCUCCGUUCUCAACCUCCCCCUGCUUCCACUGCAACGCUGUCCAUGGAGCAGGCGUGAAGCGUUGUCUGUUGUUCCUUUAUAUCUUUUUUUCCUUUUUUAUUUUGAAGUCCUUUUUGUUAUGUUCUUCAACUGCUCUUGCGUCGUCGAUCCACAACGUCAUCCCUCCUUCCAUCAUCCUAGGAUUGAAUGGUUUCUCUCUCGAUGUGAUUGUUUUUUUUUCCCCCUCUUUAAUCAUUCACAGCAUGGAUAUGUCGAUUGGGUUAUGUUGUAAUAGAUGCAUAGUUAUCUUUAGUAAAGGAAAAGUUAAUUUGUAAUA